CCGACGACGGGAGGAGCCGUUGGUCCCCUCAGCUCCGGCGCCGCCAUCGCCGCGGACACGACGACCGCCGGAGCGCGCGGGGAGAGGUCGCGGCGUCCAAUGGGGGCGCCGCGUGGCGGACUGGCAGCCGUUGGGCCCAAUGGAGAGGCUGCUCGCCUCACAGCGGUUCCGCCUGUAGACUCGAUGGGGCGGAGCUAGACGGGGAUCCGCCCUGCCGCUGCGCGUCUUGGGAAAUGUGGUCCGUUCGGCGGCGGGGAGCGGGCGAGGAUGGCCUGGGCAUGUGCAGAGUGCUGCCUUCCCCUCCCGGGCCGGAUGGAGACGCGACUGAGCGGAGGGAACAGCUUCGCUCCGGACCAGUUUGUUUUUGUUGUUUUUAAUAAAGCAUAUAAACAUUAUUUUUAAGGGACAUAAGAUGGUGAAUAAAGAGUGUGCUUCUGCUGCUUAGGGACCCUUUGGGUGACAAGUUUUUCCUUUUUUAAUUUAUUUUUUCAAUUUACAAUAUUAGACAAUAAAUAUAAAUCACACACAAACCCAGUGAUCUUUUCUGCUACUUCCCUCCCUCCUGCGGUUUCUGAUUUUUCUAUCAAAUUCUUACUGCAUAUCUUAAUUUAACCUUUUUACACAUUUAUCCUUUUUAAUUCCCUUAUAAUCCUUAUGGCUCCUGUUUAUAUCAAUCCUGCUAAUGUUUUUAGUUAUAUACAGUUUAUUCUCAUAUGUCCAAUACAUUUCCCCCAUUCUGCUACAAAGGGUUUAUCAUCCUGAUAUCUUAGUCUUCCAAUAAGUUUCUCCAUCUCUGCGUAUUUCAUCAGUUUUAGUUGCCAAUCGUCUCUUUUUGGGAUCAGUUCCUCUUUCCAGUUUUGUGGGUAUAUCAUUUGGGCAGCCCUGAUAGCAUAUAUAGUUUUUUUCUGAUAUUUGGCACCCCGUCUCCAAGUAUACCUAAAAGGAAAGCUUCUGGUUUUUUAACAAAAGUUAUUUUAAACAUGUUUUCAAUUCAUUACAGUAUAAACAAAUUUCCAGAAGGCCUUUGCAACCUUUCAGAAUCACCACAUGUGAAAAAAGUACCCUCUUUCUCUUUACACUUCCAGCAUAUAUUGGAUUUAAAUUUGUCAGCUUGCUAGGCGUCAAAUAGCAUCUAUACAACAUCUUCAUGUAGUUUUAAUGUGCAGCAUGCUGUAAAUUUUAAAACUCCUUUCCAAAGUCUUCCCCACGUUGCCAUAUCAAUAUUAUAAUUGGGUGACAAGUUGAAUUAAUUAAUGGAAUGAACUCGCAGAGAGGAAAGAGGAUUGAGUUGACUGUGCGCAGGAGCCCUGGUUUAAGGUCCACCUGGGUCCCGGCUGGAAAAUGAACCUUUAAGAACAUCAGAAAAGUCCUGAUCAGGCCAGUGGCCCUUCCGGCGCAGUGGCGUCUGCUCUCACAAUGGCCAGGGAGAUGCCAUGGUGUACAAUGGGAAACCUGCAAGCAGGAUCGCAGCGCACGAGCCCUCUUCCCUCCUUCCCUCCCAGCAACUGGGAUUCAGGAGCCACCAACAGCCCUAUCCUCCGCGAGUUUGCCCCAUCUUUUAAAGCCAUCCAAGUUGGCCUCCUGUGGCAGUGAGUUCCAUAGCUGAGCCGUGUGUUGUGGUUUAUAUGUGCAAUCUGCUUUUAGGUACCCAGGACAGAUGCCACGGAGGCCCCGCCGGGGAGACCCGUGAAGGCAAAAAGGCUGCCUCUGCUGUGUGCGCGCCAUGCCCCUUGGGCACCUCUGUCCCACCCCCGGAGCUGCUGCUCUCCCGAUGUUCCGACCUCCCCUUGGCCCCAGAGGUGCUACGAAGGGCCCUCUGGGGCAGGACUCGGGCCAGGCAGCCAAGAGGAGGCGUAACAAGGCAGACAGGCUGCCUGCAGCUGCUUCUUCAGGCUCCCGGGAGCCACUUUUGGGACCCCAAAAACUUCCCAGCACCUGGGGAUAUUGCGCGUAACUGCCUCCUUUUCUUCCCGCAGCGCAGCAGCUUUCACAAGGUGGCGGCGUGUGGCGGCGGCUGAGACAAAAGGUGGCCUCGACAGCCAAUGAAAUGUGGGGCUGGCGGGGGGGGGGCGGCGGGUGGCAGCCUGAACAGGUUGCUUCUCUCCAUCGCCUGCAAAGAGCCAGCCGGACGCGCCACUCUCCCCUGGCGCUCGCAGAAGGCGGCCCACACCUCGCCUGUUGCUGCGGGGCAGCAGGAGAAUUUCCCGUCCGACGCCCCCGACGCCUUGCCUAUCCCUGGCCCUGCGGAAGAAAAGGACGGCAUCUGACUCGGGCCGGGGAGAAUGUCCCUCGUAAGGCCCAAGACGGGGCGGCAGCAGCAGCAGCAGCUGGGCGCAGAGCCCUGGGGCGCUUCCUGCGGGGCCGGCGCCGUGGACGACAGCCUCACCAACCUGCAGUGGCUGCAGGGCUUCUCCUUCCUCCCCGCCAGCCCGGAGAAACCUUCCUCUGCCAGCCUCCUGGGCCACCCGCGCCUCCUGCAGCAGGGCUCCUACGCGCCAGCCAGCCCGCCCGCCGGCGACACAGCGGCCAUGGGGGCGCCCACGGGGAUGGGCAAACCCACCAGCUCCAGCUCCUCCCUGCAGCCCCUCGCCCCCACCCCAGAGGCGGUCGACUACCGGACCAACGGGCAAGUGAAGCCCCCCUACUCCUACGCCACCCUCAUCAGCAUGGCUAUGCGGGCCAGCCCAGAAGCCAAGCUCACGCUCUCGGCCAUCUACGCCUGGAUCACCGAGAACUUCUGCUACUACCGCCACGCAGAGCCCAGCUGGCAGAACUCCAUCCGCCACAACCUGUCCUUGAACAAGUGCUUUCAGAAGGUGGCGCGGCAGAAGGAUGAGCCUGGCAAGGGGGGCUUCUGGCGGAUCAACCCCCAGCACGCAGACAGGUUCAUCGACGGGAUAUUCCGGCGGAGGCGGGUGCCAACCUUUCCCUGCAUUUCGGCCACUCAGGCAACACCCCCCUUGCCUGCCUCCGGUGCAGAGCUGGGCUGCUUCCGAGGGAGGGGACGAGGCCCCCUGCAAGAGGACCAGGCGCCCCGGCUUCCUGGGGGGCAGCGCCACCCUGGUAAGUGCAAGCAGCCAGGCCAGGGCACCAGCAAGGCUGCUUGGACCGGUGCCCGCUCGCCUCUGGCCUCUGUGGGCAGAGAGGGGGUGGCUCUGCCGGGGGACCUCAGCUGGGCGUCUGUGUUGGAGGACACCUUCGUUGGCAGCGGGAGCAGCAUUGAGGACCUGGAGCUGACGGCAGCCCUCGGCUCCCUGGCCGCCGAGGAGGUGGUCCUGGCCUCCUCUGACCAGCCGGUCAGUCCUCUGAGCCAAGAGGGUCCCCCUCACCCUGUCCCAGCCCUGGUGGAAGACUUGACGCUGUAUGCCGAGCCCCUGGGCCAACCGUGGGGGGAGGAGGAAGCAGCCACGGAGCCGCCCCUGGGACCCCCCUGGGCCUUUGAGGAGGAGGGCGGCACCUGCUUUGUCGAGGGCUUCCUAGCCGAGAUGCAGCCGUGGGAAGCAUGAGCUCUGCAGGCCCCCAAGAGGCAAUGAGAAGAUGCAGCAGAAGCAGAAGUGGCCUUGGUUUGCAGCUGACCUCUGCCAGGGGCGGGCAGCCCUGCCCCAGAGGAGAGAGGCUGGGGGUGUCCGCCCUAGUCGUAGCCUUGCUUGAUGCAAGUCAUGCUGUGGUGUGUAUGGCAGCAGGUCGCAGAGCGCCUGUAUUCCCAAAUGUCAAAAGGCACAACAGAGCUCCGUUAGAUCGGGAUGUACAGCUUUUUCUGAAACUGGUGAGCACUCUCUCAGAGGUGCAAGGAUGGGCAAAGUGGGUCUGCCAAAGGGCUGGGGGCCAAGAAACCAGGGGAAAGGGGGCACUUCUCGUCCUCUCCCUAUUCAGAAGACUUCAAGGCCUCCCCCUCCUUCCCUUCCUGUGCACGCAAAACCAAUAUCCUUUUUCCAAAUCAACUUUGGCAGCACAAUGUUUGUAAGUAAAUACAUGCAAAUAGUUUUGUCUGAGAGCAG